UGCCCCAAUAAAGCAUAGUAUUUUACACAAGAUCAAUCCCAGCUGGCGUGCCGCCUAACUUCGAAUACUACCAGCACAGCAGGAACUUAUCAUCACUAAUAAAGCACAGAGCCUGAAUCUUGAGGGGGACCCUUGAAUCACCUCCUCGACUUGGCUAUGUUGCACUUUUGCCAGGGUCCAAUAACUUUGUAUAAUGUUCUCACAAGAUAGGUUUUGAAGACAUACGAGUCUGAGUCACGCACGAAGAAGCGCAUCUAGUGGGACAGAGCAUAAGGCACAGGCGCGCAACAGCAUUUACCACUUGAGAAGGAAAUCUGUACGGCAGGGAGCCUGAAUCUCACAACGGGUCCAAAAUUAUUAUACAGACGCGAUGAUGUAACUUUUGGUGCAUACUACGGUGUAGUGCCUACAAUGUAGAGUAUCGGAUCAUGAGUGGCGAAUCAUCAUUUAAGACCGUUCCUUCGGAGUAAUGAUUUGCUCGGCCCCCAAAGGUGUUUCUCAUGCUACGGUGGAUAGCAUGGACGUUUCGAUGAGUUUUGCACUCCUUUCUACCAGUCUAGCAGCUGGUAAUAUUAGUGAGUUGACGAUCUGGAACUCGAAAUCCGAGGGCAUCCUUCAAGCAGUGCUGGGUGUGCUGGGUGUGCUGCCAGGUCGAAACAGUAUUGCUUCUUACCAGCUCAUAAAAAGGCUGAGCUUUCCACAUCCUUGGCCGAGAAGGGGAGAGAAUGCUUCCCGAAAAUGGUCUUCCUUGCUAUGGUCGAAAAUCUGAUAGGCCAGAUUUUCCACGACUCUUGCGCCAGUGUCAGUGUAGUUAGUGUAGCCUGUAAACCUGUCGAGACUGGUGAUCACGGCGUGGAGAUGCUGAAAUGCAUGAGCUUCAUUAGAGCUGGCCACCAUGGCCACCAGAUGAAUUGGAUACCGCGGUUCUCAUGAAGCGAAGCGCGGUGG